GCUCCGAGACAACGAUUUUUUUGAAAGAAGUGGAAAAACGAGUGUGUAGAACUUUGCUCCAUCUAGAGAAAUGUGGGAACUGCUCUUUUUUUCCUUGGAUACCUGCGACGAAGCCCAAAGGAGAUCAGUUGUGUUUUGAGUCCCAAAACCUUAACAUCAUUCACAGAUUCUUACACUCAUUCAGGGUCAAAGUAGGCUGGUAGCAGCCUGACCGUAUAUCCGAAAAUUUUGAUACAGUGAUUCUAAUAAAAGAAAUGAAAAUCAGAGUAGGCUUAUAACCACCUAACCGUAUUGUCUAAAUAUUUAAUAAAGUUGAAGAAACAAAACUAAUUGGAAAACGGAAAGGCUUGGAUCAACUCGUAUGCAAUAAGAAAAUAAGGGGACAGCAUAGAGGGAAAGACGGUCAGCAGAUCGUAUUGCUGGAUAUAAGAGAAAAUAAAUUUGACCAAAAGGAUUAUUCUGUUAAAAUAUUUCAAAGAAAAACAUAAUUUUGAAGUGAAAUAUCAAAAUUUUUUCCAAAUGGGCAACUAUAAUAGAAUUUCAACAAAAUUCUUUAUUAUUUCAAGUAUUGGAAUUAUUUUUUCUUCUUUUCUGACAAAUACUUCAGCUGCUGUUAUAAAUAAUAUACAAAAUAGUGAAGUAACGAAGAAAUGUCCGGAUCAAAAUUGUGAGGAAUUAUAUUCAGAACUCUCUAAACGAACUAAUGAAAGGCUAAACAAAAAUGUAAGUCCUUGUGACAACAUUCAAGAAUUCGUUUGUGGUAACUCUAGUUAUUCGAGCUUUUCAAAAGAAUGGGAUUUCCUUUACAACGAUAUGCUUCACAAAAAUUUAGAAAUGUUAGGGUCACGAAUAAGUGAUUUCGUUGACUUUAAACCUUUUAAACUUCUUAAUGAUUUGUACAAAACAUGCAUGAGAUACGAAAAUACUGGACAGCAAUCUUUGGAUCUUCUGCGCGAUAUUAUUAAAAAACUAGGGAACUGGCCUCUUUUGGAAGAAAACAAUUGGAAAGAAUCACAUUUUGAUUGGAUCGACUUCGUUAUCAAAACCCAUAACAUCGGAUUUAAAUCAUUCUAUUUUUUGAACGUUUGGGAGUGGAAAUAUCAAGAUGAAUCAAUAACGUUUGAACUUCUUCCUAUUAGACCUGAUAAUCUGAGCCAUGAGAAUCCAACAUUGAAUAUUUCAAUUGCUGCUUACAAAAAUUACAUCGCAAAAGUGUCUGAAUUACUAGGAAACACGCAAAGAUCUUCGGAAGAAAUUGAUGAAAUCAUCGCAUUCGAAAUUGAUAUUUUAAAAUUUGACUCUGGGAGAGAGUUCAUAGAACUACGAUAUGAUGAAUUUAUCAAAAAUUAUCCAUCAACAAAUUUGAGAAAACUUCUUAACUAUAUUACAGUUUAUGAUAAUGAAAUACCAAGUCUUUCUAAUUCCACGAUCAUUACAAUUAAGGACUUUCCGGACUUUGUUGAGUUGAUGAAAAAAACUCCAAUACGUGUCCAAGCAAAUUACGGUGUAUGGAAAAUAAUCCAAGAAACGAUUCCUUACUUAACAGAUGAAUAUCGUGAGCUAAAACGCGAAUACUGUUCAACCCAAAAUUGCGAAAUUGAGAUACGCAAGGAUUCUUGUAAAAAAAUCAUCAACCGAUAUUUACCCCUCGCUCGUGAUGCAUUGUACGAAAAAAAUUUAGACAAUGACAUCGAUAGGAUUAUUACAGAGAUGACAGUAAAUAUAAAAGAGCAAUUUGUGAAUUUAAUAAAUGAAUCAACUUGGAUAAACAAAAAAAUAAAAAAUCAGGGAAUAGAGCAACUUGAAAACAUAACGGUUGUAAUUGGUUAUGAAGGAAAAUAUACUAAUGAAAUUGUUAAAUAUUAUGAAAAUUUAGAAAUUGACACAAGUAAUUAUCUUCAGACAUUAAUAAAUUUAGAAUUAUUCGACCGAAGAUCAAAUAACAAUCGAGAUUUUAACGAAAUUAUUGCACGGAGUCAUCCUACAAGUUCUUCUGAUCACAAUCAUCGAGGAGUACUCUCUGUACCAAUGAGUAUGCUUCGAAGUUCACAUUUCAGUGUUAAUAAUCCAAUGUAUGUAAACUAUGGCCGCAUUGGUAAAGCAAUUGCAGAGAAAUUAGCUGAAAGUAUUAUCGUCAUGGGAGAAAAAUUAACGGAAGGCAUUAAUUUGACUGCAAUAAAUUAUGAAAAAACUCUUUGCUUUCGUCAACAAGUAGAGAAUUAUACUUCUAACAACGCAAAAAACUCGUGGAAAGAAUGGUUAAGCUCUUCUGAACGAAUUAGUGAGCACAUCGUUUACAAAGCAACAUAUCGAGCCUAUCAACAAUGGACCGCAAAAUAUGGAAUUGAACCCUCACUACCUGAAUUACCCUUCUCAAAUAAUCAAUUGUUCUGGAUUAAUUUAAUUAAUGGUCCUUAUUGUUAUCCUCCUUCAGCACUCUCAAUAGUUAUUGAUGAUAAGUAUUCUGUUUACGACUUUUCUGUAAUGAGAGCUGCAACAAGCGUUCCAGAAUUUCAUAAGGAUUUUAAUUGUCCAGUUGAUUAUUCAUUUAUUAAAAAAUAUGGACCAUCAUGCACUUUCUUCGAAGUUUAAUCACAAUUAAUAUACUUCUUUUUAUUUACAUAAUAAACAAAAUUCAUUAUUAAUUAACAAUUAUAUUAAAGCAAUAAUAAA